AUGCACGAAGAAGCGACAAGUAUGAGCGUUCCAUGCCCUGUUGCCGUGCCUACAUCUCACAAUGAAAACGAUACAAUUUCAGUUUCUGUGAUUAAUGCCGGUGACAUGGAAUUAGAAGUUAACACGGACAAUGAAUUGCAAGUGCCUUUUUCUACAAAUUCAGAAGGUCAGGUUCAAGUGCAGGUGGAAGUGCCUUUUAAUAUCGAACUACACGCGCCUGCGCUACCUAUUUCCUUUAAAUUUUAUUGA